GUUUUUCUUGACAUCUCGUGUAGAGUGUGUGGCGGUCGAAUAAUUUUUACUAAGUCUUAUUUCUGAACGUGUUAUUAAGGUGUAACUAUGGCAAAAAUUAAGAAAUCUGCCAAUGUUCAAAAAAAUAAAGAAAAUGCUGUCGCUGCAGCUGGCUUAACGAAUAAAUCCAAGAACAAGUUAGCCGUGGUUCCGAUGAAAAAACAGAAAAAUAAGAAGAAUAAGAAAGCCGGCGAUGAAAAUAGUGCCAUGAGGGACCAAACUGUACCGCAGAGCAAUGGUCAGUCAACGAAAAAUUCGUCUCCUGGGAAGAAAGCAAAGAAUGUCAUCGUUGACGACUUACUUACGAAUGAAGUGCUUUCGAAUCCUAAGGUGACCAAGAAGGCUUCAAAGAAACAAAUCGUUAAGACUGUCCAAGAAUCAACUUCACCUGACAAGAUCAACAAGAAAAAAGUUGCUGGUCGAAAGGAUGAAGGAGAGGUAAUUGAAGAGACUCAAACCAAGUCUGAUAAGAAACGAAAAAAUUCCACGACUGUCGACGAAGAAAAUCAAGCGAAAGUGGAACCAAAACUCAAUAAAAAACGCAAUAAGCCUAAGGCUGCAGUUGAGAAGGAACAAGAAAAUAAUGAAAGUCCGAAGAAGCAAAAGUCGAAAAAAAUCAACAGUGAGACUGAAAAUGAAGUUGGACCAGCAGCUGGUAAAAAAAGGAAGAAACCAAAAACCAUUAGAGAAAAUGAACAAGAAAUUGAUGGAAGUCCGCUGAAACAAUCCGGGGAAUCCGACGAUGAAACUGACAAUGAAGGAGAAGGUGACCCGACUGCUAGUAAAAAGCGGAAGAAGUCAAAGACCGCUGAAGAAGAUGAGCAAGAAACUGAUGAAAGUCCGAAGAAGAAAAAAUCCAAGAAAUCUAGCGAUGAGACAACCGAAGAAGCUGCUGAGGACAAAACGCCAUCGAUUUCCGUCUUCGUUGGCAAUCUUCCGCUCAACACGAAGCGUGGCAAGCUUCUGAAACUCUUUUCAAAAUUCGGAAAAGUCAAAAGCAUCCGAUUCCGCUUGAGCAAUGGUGUCAAAUUUUUCAAAUCUCAAUCCAAAGUCACUUCACCCAAUGUGAUUGCAUUCGUGGAUUUCGAGUCGGAGGAAGAUGCCACAUCCAGUUUAGUACUGAAUGGUGAAAAAAUCAAGGACAACGUCAUUCGAGUGAAUAUGCAAUCCAAGGCGAAAAGUACCGAUAGUUUCGACGGUAAACGAACAGUUUUCGUAGGCAACCUAAAGUACUCUGUCACCGACCAGAACCUUCACGAUUUGUUUUCCUGCUGCGGUGAUAUUGAAUACGCCCGGACGAUGCAAUGUGACAAGGGUUGUAAUGGUGUUGCGUACGUUUGCUUCAAGAAAUCCGAAUCGAUCAGUAUGGCAUUGGAGUUGAAUAAUGCAGAUCUUCAAGGUCGUCCGGUACGUGUUGAACGAUAUGUAAAAAAGACGCCCGGCGGUCCAAAGGAAAAGAAAGAUAAACAGAAACCGACUGGAGCUGUGCGAAGAUUAGGAAAGAAGCAGAAACCAAAUGGAUUGGGCAAGGGCAAAGAAUCGAACGCUAAGAAGACAUUUACUGGCGUGAAGGCUAAAGAUAAGAAGAAGAGUUUCGUUAAGAAAGGCAAGAAACCACUGAAGGGACCGAAAUUGCUUGCGAAAACAAUUGCUUCGCGUGACAAAACAACCAAGACGACUUCUUAGGCAAUUUUUCAACACGAUUAAAGAAACGAAUGAAAAAACGUCUACAAGAAAUUGUAAUAAAAAUCUGUAACAAUAAACUGAAUUAAAUAGUUCCUAGUUCA